AGGAUAGCGAUAGUGAAAAUAGAAGGAUUAAGAACUGACCACCAUCUACUUCAAUCCUUCUCGGGAAAAGAAGAAAAAUGAAAUCUGCUUGCUCUUCCUCGUCUAGUACGAUGAGGAGGCUAAGUGGGGCUGCGCCACGUUCGGGGUGGCUCCGAGGAUCGCAGAUACGGUAUAAGGUUCCAGUAGCCGCCUUGUACGACAAACUAGCUGCUAAAGGACUCGACUUCUACGCAGGCGUUCCGGAUUCUCUCCUAAAGGACUUUUGCGCCUACGUCUCAGACACGAGUAGAAAUCACGUAAUAGCAGCGAAUGUUAUGGACGGAAUUCUAACCUCCAUGUAUUCAUCAGGGGAAUCUUCUAGUUCUAUCCUUCAGACAUUCCAACCGGCAGUGUAAGUACAUGAUCAAACGAGAGUCUUGUCUGGUCUGGUGAGGGGGCUUUGAAGAUUUAUGUGCAAUUUAAAGUAUGCUUUAUUGGUGUUUAAAUACGAGUGCGCGUAGUGCGCGCUCCCCGGGGGGCAACGCCGGGUAAACAAGGUUCCACCUGUUUAGUGUUUAUGAGGAGCGCCUUCCAGCGAGGGCGAGGCACUCCGGAAGCAAAAAGUUUCCAUCGAUCACUAGCAGGUAGCAAUCAGAGUCCACUCAAAACGAGUCGACAACUAAGAGGCCAAUAAAUGGCAAUGAGACGCGUCAAAGCACGCUAGGCCAAUAAAUGGCAAGAAGAGUUAAUCAAGGGACUCGCGUAAAGAAACCAACGCUCAGCCGAGGCAAUAAGCCGGCCACUCGGCCCACCGAGAUCCUAGUAAGACACAACAACAUCGAGGGAGCAACACCGACAUCUUUUCACUCGAGCUAACCACGCUCGUUGGCGAUUAGGGUCAGAGCCGGCGUUUGUUCACUCAGCUCCAAACCCGCACUAACCAUGUGUGGAGGAGGAGCAGCCUCGGCUAUCGAGGACAGAUUCGUCUAGAGGCUUUAAGCGCCACACACAUUGGGAAUUCUGGCGCACCUUGAAUUUUUGUUGGAUCCUCGUGGGGGUCACGCAAAAAUCAAGGAAUUUGCGUGACCCCCACGACAAUCCAACAAAAAACUGGGGUCAGCUUGACAUAGCUUGCCCGGGUCUCCAACGAUGGAGUUAAGAAAUAGCCACAUCGUGCGCACAAAACGUGCUAGAUCAAAUGAGACGCUAAGGCGACCGAAAAAGAUCGGGUUUAUUUUCGAUCAUUCUCGAAGAGAUGCCCAAGUCAAGGCGCAAAAGCGUGUCAGAUCAACUGAAGCGUUAAGGCGACCGAAAGAGAUCGAGUAUAUGCCAAGUUAAGGCGCAAAAUCAAAUGAAGCGUUAAGGCGACCGAAAAAGAUCAGGCAACUUUCGAUCAUUUUCGGAGAGAGUUCAAGUUAGACAGAGUUCAAGUUAAGCGUUAAGGCGCGCACAAAAUUUGUGCCAGAUCAAAUGACCGAAAAUGACCGAAAAUAAAAGAUCAUGCAUAUUUUCGAUCAUUUUCGAAGAGACAUCAAGUUAAGCGUUAAGGCGCGCACAAAACGUGCCAGAUCAAGCGUUCGAAAUUUAUCAGGUAGAAUUUCGACCAGGGACGAUCGCGCGCACAAAUCGUGCCAGACCAAGAUCUACGGAAAGUUAAGGAUAAGACAGGUAAAAGUCGCGGCUCAUCUCCAGUGCCCCAUCGAUUUUAAUCACUAUGGUGCAAUCAGUCACUCACUUCGUCUUACUUCCACAGGGAAACAAAAGGCAAAUCACGCCGCCCGUUACUGAGGGCCCUACUAUCAAUCAACGCCUCCCACCGUCAAAAAUGCCGCCAAAAGCAAAAGCUAAGGCCGUAGCAGGAGGAAAAGCGAAAGCGCCGGUUGUGGUCAAAGCCCAGCCGAAGCACAAAGCCGUGGCUGCAGGAGCAGUUGCGAAAGCCAAGGCAGCUCUGAUGAAAGCGGGCGCGCCUCCCAUCGGGCCACCUGGAGUAGGUGGCGCCGGAGGUGUCAUCGCAGGCCCCCCUGUGUACGCUGGGCCUCCCCCUAAAGCGGUUCCGAAAGGCAAUCAAGCCCACGCCGCGCCGCCCGCCCAGGACGGUGCAGCAGGAGCAAAUGUUGCGGGUGUACAGCAGGCCAAUGACAACGGUCUGGGCGUCCAGUGGUCGCGCGACCAGUGGUCGUGGGGGUGGACUAUCGACCGCCCAGCCGGCAUCCCGGCGUACCCUCAGGACCACGAGCUGCGCCUAGUCGAGAAAGACACGUCGGACGCAGUUAUCCACCUGCUCGUGUUACAACGCUUUGCCAGCGCGCUGGCAUUGAAAGAGAUGCGAGGCAUCUGGGACCUCUACCUCUACACCGACAUGAAGGACGGAGAGGAGGAGCAAGUCCGUGGACUGUUGGAAAGUGCAAAGACAGUCGACCUCAAACCACUGAAGACUAAGAGGCUUCUCUCCGGCAUCACUACUGUGCACGGCCCAAAGUUCUUCGUGGAGAUCGACUUCGCCACAGUCGCGAAGGUGCGCAAGGUCGUAGGAACUCGUGUGACAAGCAUGCGGAUCGAAACCUCCAACAUCAUCACCGGCAAGGAGGCCGAUUACAUGCCAUUCGAACUCAAUCGGGCCUGGAUCCGCUUCGCAAUCGCUUGCGGCGUGUGCCAGCCGUUACGGUCAGAUGAGAUGAUCCGCGCCUGCGAAAAACUGGCCAAGGAAUUCACAGGUGUGCUCAUCCCGAAGGCGUUGCGCGAGUUCUUCAACGAUUUUCUUCUGGCAUCCACAGAUCAUUGCGCAGAGAAGUUCUUCCGUGACUUCGAAUCCAGAUUCGCAAGCCUAGUCUCCGUCGCGUCCGCAGUAGCAGGCAAGAGAGCCGGCAAAGGAGCCGGGAAAGGAGGCAAAGGCGACCAACGAGACGGAAAGAAAGGCUCCGGCAAAGGCAAAGGGCGUGGCCGUGACGGAUGGGGAGGUGGCAAAGGCCCCGGCAAGGACAACAAGGAGAAAGAUAAACAGAAUGAGUCGGAGGACACAGGCAACAACAAUAAUGGAGCCUAAAGUGCACGGCUGUGAAGACGACUGUCUUUGGUGAGCCCGGCCAAAGGCUCGAUGUUCAUACUCACACGACACCAGGUGGUGCCACCAGUAAAAGGCUAAAGUCGUCGCAUGUCAGAUAACCCCCCACGAGGACACUGACCUCGAUCAUUUUAUGCGCCCCGGGCGUCAGUUGUGUUCGUCCACGACGGCGGCGGCCACUAAUCAGGCCGUGCCGCCAAAGCAAUGUUUCUGAUGCCUUACAGAAUUUGAAAAUCUGUUUCCUAUCACAAUCAGACCUGUCCGCCGGCCCCUUCGAUUCUAAGCGGCCACUCCCAAUUAAGGCCAGGCUGUCAGCCGAUUUAUUAUUGGCUAUGACGAAGGGAGCGGUGCGCUCGUGAUGUCUGUAAUCAGUCGACGUAAGCUCUAACUUCGGCCUCAGGCCUCUAGGCAGUAGUUGUCGUUUACUCGUUUUCCGCGUGUGAUCGCAGUAGCAAACUAAUAUAAAAAAAGAUGGUAGAGCCAGGUGCCCCGAGCACAGUAGGCUUGCGGUCAAACGUAUCGCUGGCACCAACCGAUGCCGUGAGUCAGUCCAAGCACAAGAAGUGGGAGUGCUUCCUCGCCAGCUUCGACGUGCUCGAUCAAUUCGGGGGUGCCGUCGUCCCUCACGUAUUUCUGCUGUACGGGCUCUGGCUGCUUGACUCAGGCCUUGUGAGCAGCAAGCUGUACGUCAGCGCGGCGCAUACAUUUGAGAAGGCGAAGCUCGCGCUCUAUCGCCUUCAGGGGUGCACAAAUCAACGCAUGAACCUCGUCUAUCGGCGGCUCGACGAAGAGCUGACCCACGUUCGCAAAAAAGCGACCCCGCUUCGCAACCUAGUGGGGGUUCACUGCUUCGACAAGUAUUGGCAUUCAGUAGCAGCAGUUCUGGCCGGUACCGGUGUAAGGCCGAUUGCCGCCAGCCACUUCGCGCCGACAGUUGUGCCGUUGAAGACACGAAAAGAGGGGUGGCUCGUUGGGUACCGGCUACAGGUCAUCCACGACAAGAUCAAUAAAAUCGCCGCGCGGAGCGUGCAGCUGCUUUGCACGUGUGAACAUUGCGCGAUAUGCGUGAUCCACUCGCUUGGGCUACCAGCGCUCCCGAUCAGUAGAGACCACAUCGAGACCGCAGUGAGGUACUUCGGACUGGAGCUGCAGUCAUAUUCAACCAGGCGGGCGCAUUGCAUUGCAGUCGCGCACUGUCAUGAGCGACGCUCCUCGUUGGCGGUGUUGCUCAAGGACGUGGGCUUUGUCGCCCGCAUCACCUCCCAGUUGAACUGGGUCCCAGACAGCAAGAUGUUCUUGGAGUAUACCAAGGACUGGGAGGCGCACCAGUUUACAGAAAAUGAGUUGUCCUUUUAUCGCGCCUACUACCAUUAUUACACUACGGGAGCCUUCCCAUUCUCAGGCCAAUAGGUCGGCGCGCACUCCUCGCCCGCUCUUCAUGCUCACUCACUGCCACUGAAACUCUAUAGCUGUGCAGCUACGUCAGUAAUCGGCCUACUUUUAACACAGCGGAACGCAGUGUUCAGCCCCAGAGAGAAGUCAAGAAACGUCGUUUCGGUUUCAAGAGCGCGAGAGAAACGCGUCACCAGGUGACUUCGGUAUGAGCGCGAAGAGCUGACCACUCAGGAUAGUGUUCGCUAUUGUGCGUUGUUCUGUAAGACGAGGUUAGAUCUGUCCAGAGGAGACAGAUUCAGACCGGCCUGGCCCAAUCUGUUUAGAGAGGUGCGUAGGUUUUUCAUGACUCUUAGUGACGUCAACUCGACAGUCCGUUCACAAUCUAGACAGCAGAGGCCGCCACUUAGUCUUUUCCCUUCGGAACCCAGCUCUCACUGUCGUCCCGAGUCGCCCCCACACGACCAGGAUCGUUUGUUUCAGAAAGCUGCGCUUUUGAGCAGCCUAAAUUCUACUUGUUUCGGCCGCCGUUACGAGCGGACUCCAUUCUACUCGAUUAAAAUGAUGUCCCGACUCCUAAACACGGCGCUCCGCGCUCAAGCGGACAGCGCCGCAAGCGCGCCUCAGGGAAACCCCCUCUGGGAGCAAACGCUCCGCUCCACAGGCGAGCACGACGGGGGCCAGUUGUACCCCGAUCCCCUCCCGAAGGAGGAGCGCGAAUUCUUGAAGUGGUACCUCGACACGCCCGAGGGCGAUAUAGAGCAACUCCGACAAGAAGACGGAGCGCGCAUUCGGUCAGAAGCGCAGCAGGCCCGUCUGCGUUCGCGCGAAACAUGGCAGGAGCGGAGCACAGCCACCAUCUCAGGUCACAUCAACGUCGAGUAUUUGCGCAUGUUGUGCGCGCGGCACAAGUAUCCCGACGCGGGCCUGAUAGACGAGAUAGCCAGUGGCUUCAAUCUGGUGGGGGAGACCCCAAUAACGGGCCUGCUCAGCCAGAACCCUACUGCCAGUCAUCUCCAAGGCGCAGCUGAUGUUGACGAGGCGCGCUCGCCACAUAUCCGGGCCAACGAGAGGCCAACGGGGCGGCCCAAGUACCUUGUUCGAGCCGCGUGGAGCAACGCGCAGGCCGAAGUUGCCAAAGGGUGGCUCGAGGAAGUCUCAGUGAAGGACCUAAGGGCCCGGCAAGUACAGGAGAAGGUCUAUGUCAAUUACAGCUUCGCGAUCGAUCAGUCGACCGAAGACAAAGAGAAGCUGCGCACGGUGGUGCACUUUAAGGAGGUAAACCAAGACAGCUACCUGACCGAAAAGAUUCGGCUGCCAUCGCACAAGAAGUACAUCGCCUGGAUGAGUACACUCAUCUCAGACGGUGGAGACUGUUCGGCGCUUUUCGCCUCGAAGCAGGACAUCUUCAACGCCCUCGAGGAGGCGCGCAAAGCACGCAGCAGUGCAGCACAGGGUGGAAAGACGAGCGACAGAUCUCAGCCCGGGCCGGGCUCGACUUCGCAGAGCUUCGCCCAAGUUUACGCCGCCAUCUGUGGCGACGGCGAUGACAGCGACGGGUCGCACGGCCAGCAGCCGAGGAGACGCAGCUCCCGUCACGCCAGAAAGGUCAACGGAGUCACAAUCAUUGCGCGCGAUUUUCGUGACGCGUACAAGCAGUUGGCAGCUUGCAACCCUUGGCACUCCGUAGUGGGGGUUUUCGACCCCGACGCGGACGACGGCGCCGGCAGGUGGCGCUACUUCUUAGCGAAAUACAUGGCACUUGGUUCCCUAUGGGCAAUUAUGUCUUGGGUGCGUGUGUCGUUGAUGCUUCAGUGGUUGUUGCUUCGCGAGGCUCACACCUACGUGAACAUUUACAUUGACGAUCUCGCUGGAUGCGAGAAAGACGCGUUAGCCGAGCAGGCCGCAGCGCUAAUCGACAGCUUUAUCGAGGCCACGGGCUUCAGGCAGAGCCCAGAGAAGGCCGAAGCCGGAAAGGCUGUGCGGCUCCUCGGUGUAGACUACGUAGUGGCAGGCCAUAUGUUGUCUACAGACCUGCGCUCGGAAAAGAGAGUGAAGAUUCAGCGCGACAUCGACCGCGCGAUAGGAGCGGCAAAGGCCGGCGUGGUGCCAGUAAAACUUGUGCAAGCCAUCGCAGGGAAGUGCAACUUCGCUCUUACGGCCACAAAAUUUAGUGGCAUCACCUCCGCACUCACUCCUCUUUACGACUCCUUGAAGAACGUUGUCGCCGACCCCACCAAGGCGAUCGAUACGAUCGGCAACCCGGGCGACCUGAUAGGCCCUCUGUGCCACUUGCGCGAGGUUAUCAUCGCCGCUCCGCCUUUCGUCUUGGACUGCAGCUCCAUUGGAGACUCGCCCGCCACCCUGUGGACCGACGCCUCCGAGUCCAAUUCGGAAAGUCGUCUGUCCUUCGUCUGCCAUGUUGGCAACCGACUGAUAUGCGGCUCCACGGAGGUCCCAGAUAACGUGUUGCAGAAGCUCCGCGCCAGGCGGGAUAAGGUCAUCAAUGUUCUCGAGCUCAUGGCCGUUCUGUGGUCAUUGCAGGUGCUGCAGCAGCAGCUACGAGGACAGCGCGUUCGCGCGUUCGUCGAUAACUCGGCCGCAAUCUUCAGCGCGUGGAAGGGCACCUCGCGCGACCUGCUUUUGAGGGUCUUCGCGCAGAAGAUCCACAUGCAGCCUCUAGCGGCAGGCACUAUGUGGACGCUGCACUACGUGCCCUCGGAGUUGAACCCCGCCGACGGUGGCACGAGAAGAGCGCUCUUCGAAUCGUUCUGCCACACCGUCGCGCGCAUCAAGCAGCAACUCCCCGACUUAGUCGUGAGAGUCCACCAGGGUGGAAUAACGUUUGGUGUCAGCGAGGCAGUUGCGCAGAUCUGCGACCUCGCGCCCACGCCUCUGAAAGACGACGAAGAGGCCACUAAAGUGACCACAAAACGGAGAAGACCCAAGUAGACUAGCUUCAUGGGGCUAGCAUUAGCGUGAGGUCAGAACGUAGCGCAUAUGAUCUACUGAGUUCGCUAAUUAUUCCCUUAGCAAGAGAGGCGCAGCGUGUGGCCUAUUUAGGCGUGCAGCCCUCCUGCGCGCGGCGCGAAGACAACAUCUUCAGUUGUGGCAGCUGGCGCGACGCCCCUGCAUGUGCCCUGGGUCGAACGUUUGGCCCGGAGUGUCUUGCCAGCUUGGAGUAGCUUUGCUACAGGCCAAACACGCCACGUCCACAUGCGGGAGCCAAUACUGGCUCGCGGUGAUGGCGAGGUCGUGCCCGCGAGCUUGCGCGCGAACGUACGGCAACCUCCCGACCUGCGUCUGGGAGUGUCGUGGUGGCGUUCGGGAUCCUCCUUCGAUUAGUCCCUACCUGAGCCACGCUUGUCCGCCGCCGUAGGCGCCUGCCUCGCCUCGCUGCCACGUAGCGCGCUUAGUAUUUAAGUGCAAUUUAAAGUAUGCUUUAUUGGUGUUUAAAUACGAGUGCGCGUAGUGCGCGCUCCCCGGGGGGCAACGCCGGGUAAACAAGGUUCCACCUGUUUAGUGUUUAUGAGGAGCGCCUUCCAGCGAGGGCGAGGCACUCCGGAAGCAAAAAGUUUUCCCGCCCCCCCCACACCCAGGCGUUGUUAGCAUCCCUCGCGCUCAGCACGCGUCGACACGCCACGUCCACAUGCGGGAGCCAAUACUGGCUCGCGGUGAUGGCGAGGUCGUGCCCGCGAGCUUGCGCGCGAACGUACGGCAACCUCCCGACCUGCGUCUGGGAGUGUCGUGGUGGCGUUCGGGAUCCUCCUUCGAUUAGUCCCUACCUGAGCCACGCUUGUCCGCCGCCGUAGGCGCCUGCCUCGCCUCGCUGCCACGUAGCGCGCUUAGUAUUUAAAUGGUCUCUAGUAAUAUGUUUACAGGUUUUUACUUAUACUUCGUUCACUAUCUUCGAACUACAGCUAAACUUUCCACAGUAUUUGGUCGCUAUCCUCUUGGUCUCUAUGUAUCUUCUUGGUCUCUAUCUUGGUCUCUAUCUUGAGCCCCUCCAUCGCGAUCUUCUAACCUUCAAGGCACAGCGAUGGCUACGGCUUGUGGAUACCAUCUAGCAACUGGGAAGAUACCGAUUGUCUACCUCCAAAAUAGUGGGUUUGGCAAUAUCGUGAAUCCACUACUUUCAUUGGUUUCUCCUGAGGUUUACAGGUUAAGGCUCGUGCGGUAUUUGAUUUGCUUUGGUUUAUUUUGGUAAAGAUUAGAAAGAUGAAAAGGAAACAUUGAUUUUAAUUAGAAUGAAAGAAGAACAAGAGGAUGGGCUUGAGAGCAUUCAAGGAAAGCUUUGGUUGAAAUUUGUUCACUGUGAGUGCAACGAGUCGUGUUAAUCGUGAGUGACAGGACAGGUAGGUUCCAUUAAACUCGACAGUGCAAGUGUUGUAAUCGAUAAUUCUUUCUAAAUCGAGUACCAAUGCUGGUCUUACUCGGGUGGCGUGGCGAACCAGGAGUCAAAGACGAGCCGCAGCAUCAAGUCAUGGUUCAUCGAAAUUUUUUUUGCAUGAGAUAACUCACCUUCACUUUGCUUCUACGUGUAUCCAAAUCUAAUGAUAAGCACUAAAUAGUAUAUGUUCAGCUUACACUAAUAUCGCUAUCGUCCAUUCAAUCAACAAAGCCGUCACUCUAAGCAUUUCCCUUCUUACCUUCCUCAAACUAACAGGGCCGCCUCCAAGAAGGUCUUUUAGACGCAGUGGAGCUUCCAUACUCCGUUCUGCCCACUGAAGACGGUCCCGAACUAGAUGCUUGCCUUGGUAGAGCCAUGGAAGUUUUGCAGGGCGGCAAUGCUCCUUACGCCUUGCUUGUUCGCAAAAAUGGGUUCGAGAGCUACAAGCUGAAAUCUAGUCCCUUCGUCCCGCAUGUGGCAGACAAGUGGACGAACACGGUGUUGAAUUAUGGUUUAUUGAAAAGAGAUAAGCAGUCCUCACAGAAAUUUUGCUUGAAACUACUUCUCGGCUUGCAAUUUGGACUUUUCCUCUUAGAUUGACUACGUCGCUUUCAUGCCCCACGCGAGGAGGUCCUUCAGCUGUUGAUUCCUCAUUUGCGAGGCUGGUCUAUCGUCUCCACGACUGGUGUCCUAUCGCGGGAGCUUUAUGAAGUGCGCGAAGGACUUGGUGAUCCUAUUGUUAAGGCUCCUUCCCCUAAAAAUGGUCCUAUCUUCAGAAAAGUCCUCCUAGGCGAGUAGAGGCUUCUCAAGGGGAAUUCGGGACAUCCCGGAAAGGCUUCGCAGGAUCUCACGAUGGAGGAUCGUUAGGGCGAGCUCUAAUAUCGGCAAUGACUUCAUGUGUGUGGGUAGUAUGGGCCAUGCCUCAGCUAUCGCUCACGGCAUCGCUUGCGGGGCCAACAAUCGGGGGAAAGCGGUUGACGCAAAGGGAGUCAUUUGCUUAGAUGGGGACGGAGCAGCACUAAUGCACCUGGGUCAGAUGGCAAUUAAUGUUAUGGCUUCUGGAGAUUUUGUGAAGAUUUUUCUUGGUCUUCGAUACGCAGAUAUUUUUGUAGACUGGUCUCCGUCUUCUAUUAAUCAUGACCGUACUAGUACUUUUCUUGUAACGCCGCCGCGUCCCUCCACCUCUCUUCUUCGUACUGCAAGCAUCCUUUUCUCGUCUUCUUCCCGUGUGGUAAGACCUCUUUCCUCUCUUCUAAGUCCCGUUGCUAUCGUGGAGGAACGAAGAUGUUGCACAUUUUGAUCAACAACGGAUUGCACGAAUCAGUCGGAGGACAACCGACUGUUGGUCAAGAGAUCAACUUCUGCGAGAUCGCUAGAGGAUGCGGGUAGAUUGAUAUUUUGCCAUUAUUUCAAUUGCAUGUUUAUUAUAGAUACAUAGUUUGAUAAAUACUUGUGCUUGUCCUCUGUACAUUUCAACUGGAGGGCACACUACACUACACGGAGAAGUGAAUCUUUUCUUCGUGUCAUCGUUUCUUCCCAUUCCAAAUCCCCCGAAUGUACAAACAAUGACCCUUCUCGUCUCAUCCUCAACCCUAAUUCAACUAGGUACGAGUACGCCAAGUCAGCGACAACAACGGAGGAUAUUGUAAGGUGCGUAACAGAGAUGCAGAAUGCUGCUUCUUCGAGCUCCAUGUUCCUCGAAAUCCGCGUGAAGCCAGGCGUGAGGAAGGACCUGGGACGACCGAAGUCCUCCCCAGAACAGAACAAGGAUGCCUUCAUCGCAAAAAAUUUUGCGUGUGCGAAAUGAAGACCAUGCUGCUGUCAUUAGGAUUUCGAUUUACUAAACGGUCAUGAGUACGUAGUUGUGGUGUACGUAAUUAAACGUACGACAGAGCAGUACGAAUAUCAGAGCUAUUUGUUUCAGUCAGUGUUGGAGUCUGAAAAAGAAAGUGUCAUGGUUUUAGAUGAGAAGUUUAGCCGAACGAAAUAGAGGAGGUCUAAGGACCUAAUCGAUGUAUGUAGUCAUCAGUGGACGACUUAAUCAGGAAAUUGUAUGAUGAAGGAGGUAGUAGGACAAUAAAAGACAUCCCGCUAGUACAAGAACAAUUUGCAU